GUAUUCUCCCCAAAAAACCAAUAAAUACAUAAAUGGCUAACACCAGCAGAAGAGGCAGCAUCUUCCGUCUGGGCUACAACGACAACACAGACACAACAAACGACACACGUAAUGUGCUCUUGAUAGUCGCGGCCCUGAUCACGGCCGUGACUUUCCAGGCAGGGGUCAAUCCGCCGGGCGGUGUUUGGCAGGAUAGUAAGGACGGGCACAAGGCCGGCAGGGCAAUAUACUCAAGCGACAAAGGAGCGUUCUACACGUUCUUGAUCUCAAACACUUUGGCUCUUUCGAGCUCCAUCUUAGUCCUCAUGGCUCUAACUUACAGGUUUCCUUAUCAUGUUGAGCUGUGGGUGGCCAUUAUGGCCAUGUUUGUGACCUAUGCAGCUUCUGUUUUCGCCGUUGCGCCCGACGAGUCUGUCAAGUUCAGGUAUCUGUUGGCUACUGCAGCUGGGCCUUUUGUUCUCAGAUUUGUGAUGGAGACUGUCAAAAGGCUGAGGAGGAAGCCUACAUGAACCAGCCACAGUCCACUAUGAUGUAGUAAUAAUUCUCAAAGUCAGGUGUCAUAUAUACUUAUGUUCAUAGGGUAAUUACAUGUAAAUCCCAUACACUUCACUCCCUCAAAUUUCAACUAUAUUGUAUUUGUCAUGUGAUCGGUGUACGACUAUAUUUAUUACGUGACUGGUUGGAUUCGAAUAAAUCUCAUUCUUGAUAAGAGUUUCCCCAGAAACCAUGCAUCAUGUUGGGAGAAACCUGGUGAUUGAGUGUACAUGUCAAGAUAUUUUAAUUA